AUGCCAGAGCCUGAAAAUGUAUUGCUCCCGCUCCGGCGUUUCCUUCCUCCAUCUACUUCGAGGUCGUCUACGGCAAAACCAACAACUAGUCUCCCGUCCUCCGUACGUAGAAACCCGUUCCAGAGUUCUUCGCGCUCAACACAGCCACCACCUUCUGCCUCGUCUUCUUCUUUCGCUGCCGGCACGCCACGGUUUCAACGGCCAAACCCCGCGGCGGUCAAGGAUGAUAUUCAAACGAACUUUGACGACGAGGAGAUAGAGUCGACGACAUUGUCGUCGAAGACCGGCUUGAUUAGUGGUGGCAAGGGAGGAGGUAUACUCGACGAGCUCGAUGACGACGACGAAAUUGACCACCAGACACUCUCGCCGCUGUAUAGUCGAGGCGGCGCUCAGGCAGCGGCGGGAGGCGUGUACGAACGCGACAACACCAAGAAUGAUAUUAGAUCUCCGCUGCAACACCGACUUAGAAAGUCUGCUCCGGAGCAGGUCGCCAAACGACGCAAGGUGUCUCAUCACCCUGCAUCUAGCAGCGUCAACGAGCCCAUUGCCACUCCCUUCUCUCCGGAAGAUGAUGACCUUGAUGGAGCUCAUUCCCAGAUCGACGCCGGCAGCUCUCCCGCCUCGCAGUCCGAUCUGGAUGACAACCUAGGUCGCCCUACAGCGCCAGCGACAGUCACUGAAUCGAACAGGAUCGCCCGCUUCAGGCCCAUCACGCAAGGAUACAAUCCACCCAGCCCUCCUGUCCCAAGAACCGUCUUCAAACAACCCGUCCCGGAAGAGGACCACGCACAUGCACAUGCAUCAGUUGUUGGAAGCGGACCUGUUCUCCCCGACAUAUUCUCGCCCUCGCGCCGCAAGGGCAAGAGGGACUAUAUCCCCGGUGGCAGCGCGUCUCUGGUCAGAAGUUGGGUGCUGGAUAUCGCGACUCAGGAAUCCCACACUGAAUCGCUUUCGGAGGAGAUGCUUCAAAUAGAAACGGUCGAAAGGGACGUCAGUGGACGCUUUGUCGUCGUGACUGACGAAAAAGGCCAUCGGUGGUUACUCCCAGAACAACAUGAGAGACCACCCGGCAGGAGGAGCUCCGGCAGCCUCGACUGUUGGUCUGAACUGCGUCCCGGGUCGCAGGUUCUCAUCAAGGGAAAAGCGACUAGGUGGUCUCUCGACCUCGAGUCGCAAGGUCUGGGGAGUGUUGAAGUUGCUGCAUACUGGGAGCCCGUCUCCCCAGGUUGA